AUGCCGUCUUUAUAUCAACCACGACGAGGUGGUUUGAUUGAGAUUGUCUCAGAACAAGCGGCGUCGGAUGUAGCUGUUGAUCUAGACAAAGGUGAUGGUGCGACCGAAGAUAAACAAUUGGAGGAGAAGUUUAUAAAUAAUUAUAUUCAACAUAAUGUAAAACGAAUUCAAAGUGCAUCGUUAAGUCUAAGGACCGCAUCGUCACCUGCAUCUUGUCAAGGUGAUUCUAAUGAACAACAAGAAUCAACGCGACCUUUAUCACGUCGUGCGAGUGCUCGUCGACUGUUUGAAAUUAAUGAAUGGGAUGAACAGCAACGAAGAUUGAAGCAAAAACUUCGACCACGUGAAUCGAACACCAGUUCUUCGUAUAAUGAGAUCAAAACAGCAACGAAAGACUUACUUCAAGAUUACGAUCAACUAAUGAAUAAAUACGAUUUUGAAGAAAGUCGUCGUCGAGAAUUUAUCUAUCGAAAUUAUUGCUGUCAUGUUCGUGAACCGUUUUCAGUGGCUAAAGCUAAACAAUGUGAACGACUGGAAAAAACACGUACUAAUCGGAAUCGCUUCAAUACUCAACAGUACAAUAAAUUUCUUGAAUUUGUUAAUAAACAUAAAUUUAUUACUCGAGAUGAUUACGAUAAACACGAAUACGAUGCUUUUGCUCGUUAUGAAGAUAAACCCGAUGAAAUCCAAACACGAUUUCUGACCGAUCCAACCCUUCUUCCCUAUCGUAAAUGGAUGAACGAACGUCGCACACUAUCGUCCUUAGGAUGUCGAACUCCAGCACAGAAAAACGAAGAUCCUAAUCGCAUCGUAUUCGACAAAGAUUUUCGUUCACAUCACCGCGCGACGACCGCACCACCUCAUUUCGACGGGCAUGAAUCACAAAAUACGCACACCUGGAAGUUGCAUGAUCAAUCAGUUAUCGAUUCACCAGUGAGACGUUUAGCAAGUGCUAAAUGUUAUUAUAUUGUACAACAAUCAGAAAACUCAAUCAAUUGUGAUCCAAUUGAUCCAUCACUUUCAUACUUACGACAACGAUCAGCUUCAUCAUCAUCGAUUCUUCCACUACAGAAUUGUACACCAGUGUCGAGUUAA